GAUGAGGGGGGGCAGGCAGAUACCUGAUGACAGCCAAGUGAACCUCUCCACUAGCAGCCCGUGUCCUGAAUCAACACACCGGUGUAAAUACUAUCGUAACGUUUACUAUUUGCGGGAGGCACGUUUUUUUUUUGUUGCAACUUUGAGACUAUCAGUCGAUCGGUAAAGUAGGUCGACGUCGUCUUCGGUACUGGUGCCAAACUGAGUGAGCACUGUUGCUUCGAAUUUUAGCAUAAGUAACGUUGACGACGUUAGCUAUAAAUGUGAGGUAUGUAGCAAGCAAAAGCUAGGUAACCUCUGUUUACGGUCGAUUAGCCCGUCGCUCUAGUCUGUCACGUUACUGACAAAACACCAGGUGGCCAGGCACUUGGCGAAGAUGGGUGACAUAGACCCAUCGUCAUCCCAUCCAUAUCAGUCCGAGGGGUUUAGUCCGCCAUACGGGAGGAGGAGGACGGUGGAGGAUUUUAACAAGUUUUGCACCUUCGUCUUGGCUUAUGCCGGUUACAUCCCGUACCCCCAAGAGGACUCAUCACUGCGCAGUAGUUCCAGUCCUCCCAACAGUACAGGUAGCACAGCAGACAGUGAUGGCUGGACCCCGGGACCCUCAACAUCCUCCAAGGCACCCCAGGACGUGAGCAGGAAACGUCUACUUCCAGGAUCCAGCCACAGCAAGAAAGAUCAAACAAUCACCACCCUGCACCCAGAUGACCGCAGGAAAGCUGAUAAGUUGAAGAAGAAGAAGAAAAGGAGAAAGGAGAGGGAUCAUGCGGCUGGUGAAGAAUGUGGGAUUCAGCAGGCCAUGCCGACAGUCCCAGAGCCGCCGUACCCCGUCUCGUUUGGGGGCCGAAUGAUCAAAGAAGAGCCUGAAGAUGAUGUCAGCAUUCCUCUUCACCCCAAGAUUCUGCCCAGCCCGGCCCACUGCAAGGAGGAGCCCAAUGAGGAGUGUCAAAACUGGGGUGGUCAAGAUCUUGAAGAAGGGGUAGUACAGGUACAGAAGGUGGAGGGCCUUUCAGGAAACCGAAAGGUGUUCCGCCAGGGAAAACAGGUGGUGUUCAGAGACGAAGAUGGAUCAGGAGAGGAUGAGGACAUCAUGGUCGACUCCGACGACGACUCGUGGGACCUGGUGACGUGUUUCUGCAUGAAGCCAUUUGCGGGCCGCGCCAUGAUCGAGUGUAACCAGUGUAACACCUGGAUCCACCUGUCGUGCGCCAAGAUCCGCAAGAGCCACGUGCCAGAGACGUAUGUAUGCCAGAGCUGCCGAGAGUCGCGCGGAACCCUCGAUGCCCGCCGCUCUCAUCGCUCUCGCAUGGGCCCACGUAAGCAUCUGCUCGACUGACCCUAGGCCCAACCACCAACUCUGACCCCUUCCCACUCGCUGGACAGACCGUUGAAUUUGAGUCUCGCACCCUUCCGGGUCUGUACUUCACGAUCAGCCAUUAACGUUUUUUCUAUGAACACUUUGGUGGACCUUACCCGAGCCCUUAUCCCGUUUGAAAACCGUUGGUCAUUUUAGAUUUUCUACGGUUUGCUCCUGCUUCCCUACAGACUCUGUGCGUAAGGCAAUCACUGUCGCUCUGUGGAUGAUAUUGGCUUAGCAGCAAACGGCUGCUGUUGGGACUUGGUGACUCGUGAACACUGGAAAAAUUUGAACUGCCAUAUAUAGAGAAUACCCUCACUACUGCCAACCACUAUGGUGCAUGAUGGGAUUUGUGGAAAAAAACUAUUUGCACUUUUCUCACUUUUUCCCCCUUAAGAGAACCCACAUGACCUUUCUGUCAUAGGGACUAGUUUGUCUAUCUGAUUCAACGGGAUUUGAUUUCUCCUACAGGCUUCUUGCUACAAAGUUAACUGUUGAAAUGAGAAAACAAAAUAACCCAUGUGUUAGUUGCUUCAGAUGGUGCUAUAGUAUUAGGCUGAGGUAUAAUCCAAUAGAGCAAAGGGGGGGUAAAGGACUGGAGUCUGUAUCCAGUUGAUAUGUUUGUUGUCCUGUUUUGUUAUUUAAGGCAUUGUGAAAGAAUAUAUUUGAGGCUGUCUCCUUCCCUUCUACUCGCAGACUGUCUUCCUGCCUUGGCUACUACGCUGAACUCAAAAUGUUUCCACACAUAAGCUUUCCCACAAUAUGCUUUUCAAAUUGUGUAAACAGUGUUCCUAUUUCACAAAAAAAACCUUUUUUUUCUGAAUUAAAAGUUAAUUCACAGAUAUAAAAAAAAAAAGCCAGAUGACCGUUUACAGUAAAGGUGUUGUCUUUUUUUCUGUGUUCGGUGUUUUUGUUACAUUUUUUCCAUACAUAGUUUUAUUUUCAAGUAACCCCUGCUUUCAACUGCUCAUGCUCAUUACAACGUUUUCAGAGAAGUAUAUUUAUAGAAGGGAACUCUAUGACUGUCCUGUUUAAGUAUUAACAGAAAUAUAUAUAUAUAUAUAUAUAUAAACUGGAAAAUUGUGUGUGGAAAGAAUCACUCAAAAGCCCAGUUAAAUUUGCGCAUGCGAGUGUGUUGGUUUGAAUGGUCGAUAAUGUGUGAGGGUGUUAGCGAUGCAUCUGCUGCUGUGGCCCAAGGAAGCCUGAUGCUUUUUGCUCCUCAAAAUUGAUAUUUACACAGCACCAUCAGUGGUUUUGCUUUGUCUUCAAAGGGUCAGAACAGAAGAACAUUACUCAUUCUGUUAUCACUGCUCACUAAUGCUUUCAGUAUUCAGUCACUUCCAAAUUCAGCAGGUUGAUGAAAAAGUUUUGUUUUUGUUAGUACUUGCUGGAAAAUGGAUUUUAAGCUUUUGUUAUUCAUGUGCCAUCUGCUGUUGUUUCUGAUUAUAUAAAAGCCAUACUGUAGUGACAGAUUUUAGACUCUGAACCUUUUUAUAUUGGUCCAGGAUGGGAGUUUCAAUGACCUGACUGGGAUGAACACUUGUUUUAUAAAAAAAAAACAUAACAAUUUAAAGAGUUCAAAGUGGUCAAGCUCAUCUCUGCUCUUGUCUUCUGGGUUUUAUAUAUGUUGGUUAACUACUUUGUACCCAGCAAUUGCCAGAUCUUAAAGAACAUCAGGUUGUGAUGUUUUUAAGACGUUUCAAGACCUAAAAUUAUUUGCUGUUGCUCAGGACGUUCAGGACGCGAUGAGAGCCUGAGGAGACGUCUUCAGGCACAAAUGUGUAAUUUUAGUCUGCGUCUUUAAGACAUCAGUUUGAUAAAUGUUACCGUUGCUUAUUGUGAUACAGCUAGUCAAUUCUGAUCUUGGGUUAUCCUGUCCCCCUUUUGAGAAAGCGUUGUCUGUACUGUAAUGCAAACUGUUUCUGUGAAACUAUUGUAAACUAUUGUAAAUAAAGAGUUACCA